AUGGGUUCCCAGAGCCAGUCCGAUUCCAGUCAACUUUCUUCUCUAAUUGUAUCCUUUCUUUUACUAAUUCUGUUAACGCGCAAACUAGCUGCUCGUGAUAUAUGCAGAAUCGUUGGAGACAUCUCUUCAUUUGUGUUUCAACAGGUUUCAAUGUGUUCAUUGCUGAGACCUGGAUUGUAGUUUUGACGUUUGAAAUACUGUAGUUUUAUAGGCGAAGACGACCAGCGAGUAGCUCAAUUGUUAUCCAUGCAAACUUUUCAGUGCAGUGCCUAAAUACGAUCUGCACAAUUACAAUCUUGGAUCUUGAUAAAAUCAGCUUUAAUUUAUUAAGGUUAAUAAUAAGUUUUUGCUCAUAUAGGCUCAAGUUAAGUUUGAUAUAAGCUUAAGCUUAAUUUUACUCUACUUUUGACUGAAAAGGUGUUGUGGCCUAUUUUUUCUUCUGAGCUUUAGACCCUGGAAACCAAUAUUGAUUGUUGAGCAAACAUUUACGUAUAGAAGUAAAAGUAAUUCAUCAACUAAGAUAGUACGCUCGUUCUGAUUGGUUAAAAACCUAUGGUUCAUUUUGCCAGUAAACUCAUAGAAAACUUAAAGUUAUUUUAUAAAAGCAAUAGACCACACUUUCUAUGGGUUUACCAGCAUGAUAACCCACUUGGGAUGUCGGGAGAACACUCGAAAAGCUCGUAAAUCGCGAGCCAAAGGGGAGUGAUUUACAAGCUCAGGGCGCUUUCCAUUUGUCAUAACUGUCCAGCCAGAUCAGUCAAAUCCUAAAUAGUAUGCACGAAGGUUUUUCCGCAAGAAAAACUCUUGGAAAAAGGCUAAUUCAUUGUCAAAAUAACUGGUCUGGCUGGCCAGUUUGGACUUAAGGAAAGUGCCCUCAGUUUAGGUAGUGGCUUGGGCCAAAUUCUACUUCUAAAUUUUAAGUUAAGCAGCAGGGCUGUCACCCCCCCCUCCCCCCCCCCGCCAUCUUCAAAUAUUGAGAGUUGAUAGGAAAGGUAUAAUAGAUGAUGUCAUAAUGCAUGGCACAUGAUGUAAUUUGUGGAAAAAAUACUUGUUGACUCCGACUGUCACAAAUUUGCAAUGACACAAAACACGUAAAGGAGAUGUUGUUGGCACUGUAACAUUUGACCUGACUGGUUUACUUCCCACCAAUCACAUCACCUCUUUUGCAGUUGACUCCCAAUUACUCGAACCCUUGCUAACUUGAAUCAAAGUCUAUUAAAGUCUAUAUUUCCUUCAUACAUUUACUGUAAUUUUACCCUUAGUAACUCAAACCCUCGAUAACUUCCCGCUAACUCAAAGUAAUUUUUGUUUCCCUUCAGAUCAUUUCUAUACAAUUUUACCUUUGAUAACUCGAACCAUGAUAUAAGCACAUGACAAGUUGAGAAAAAGACCAUGUACUGAAGUCCAAAACAUUGAUUUUAUUUUUAAACAACUGUGUGAAUUCUUUGUCUUUACUUUUUUGUCACUCCAGUUCAAAUUCAGUGUCCAUCCCUGUAUACUUUGUUUCUUAACGGAAUUCCCUCCCCAUCCAUUUGCUUAUUUCCUUACUUCUGGUUAUUUACUUCAAACCCCCGAUAACUCGAAUUUUUUCAAUUUCCCUAAAAGGUUUAAGUUAUCGAGAGUUGACAGUAGUACAAUGGCAUAUAUACCAGAGUUUGUGAAAAAAGAAUAAAUAGCUCAAACAACGUAUAAUAUUGUCGGAAAGUCAAGUCUUCAAGAGAAACAGCAAAUUUCAGCAAUUAUCCGAGAGAUUUCAUACUCUAAUUGGGAGAUAUGGUCCAAAAUUUGGAGUCUUCCGGAUCAUCUGGGAGAGUUGACAGCACUGAAGCUGUCAUCAUGGAUUGAGUUUAUAAUUAUGCAGUCUUUAACAUAGUACACUCAGAAAUUGUUUACUGAGGCUGGGGAUAUACAAGAAAAGCUAGGUAGGAUUUCAAUAAUUAUCAGGCCCUGGUUAUUCAAAUUGGAUAGUGCUAUCCACCAGAAAAAUCACUUUCCAGCAGAUAAAACAUUUGGAGACCAAUAUUUAUUUUUUAAUGCCAAUUGUCCCUAUGCUAGCAUUAGCCAGGACAAGUUACUUCAUGUUUGCCUCACUGUUAGGGAUGUUUUGCCAGGAGGGACGUCCGUGCCUCAGUGACAGAAAUUCCAUACUGAUGACGUAAAAUCUGUCCUAAUCUGGUCAGGAGCUCUGACUGGUCAAUGCUGUAUGAUGUAAACAUUGAUUUACGUCAUCAGUAUGGAAUUUCUGUUGACAAGGCACAGAUGUCCCUCCUGGCGAAACGUCCCUAGCUAGCAGCAAGGAGCGAGAAGAGACAGAUGUUUUCACUGGCUAGUUUCUUGUAUGGUCUAGAUUUGCCUUUCCCUUGUGAUGGACUAGCAGUUUGUCUGUCCUGAAAUUCUCACAACAGCCUAGGUCCCACUUGUUCAAAUGUUGGAUAGCGCCAUCAUGAUGCGGAUAAAUCUUUAUUUAGCGUUAUCCACUGGAUAGAGAUUUAUCCCACAGUGGACAGUGUUUAUUAACCCAGCUUUUGAACAGUUGGGGCGUGGAAAGAGUUGUUUAAAAGAUAGUGCCGUGUUCAGAUCACUAUACAUUUCUGGGAAAGUGCCCACCUACGCCUCCCCUAUCUCACCAUUUUGCCCUAAGUGAAAAGUAAGUGUUAAUGUUAGCUUAGGGGAGGGGUAGGUGGAGAGUUUCCCAGAAAUGACUAAACUGAUCCCAGUGUUCAAUUAUUUACCAUGGCAGCUCAUAUUCUCUUACACGUAUUGCAGUUAACCAAGGAUAAUCUGUUAACUGGGCCUCAAACAACUUGACCCUAAUCAUUACUUUUUUGUUCUGAAUGUGUUAUGUUCUAACACCAAAGGGGAUAUGAACCAACCAUUUAGAGUUUAUGUUCAAUUUUAAUAUACUUUUUAUUGUGACUCUUUACAGAGCAUUUCAGCAGCUUGACAAGUCAAGUGCUACCAUGUUUGAUGUUAGUAGAGGUGGAAGCAAAGCUGUUUUCAAGAAUCCUUCCCAAGGUUCUGUUAAAAAUUUUUAUAAUGGAGAAAAUUUGUUAUCAAUUUUGACCACUUAGCUUACACAUGGUGGGUUGCUUCCUAAGGUACAAGUAAACAAGAAUUUACCUGCAGUUAGAAGCCUCUGGCAACCAAAUUAUUCUUUUAGGCAGCAAGGAAAUGGUCUUUUCCAGCCGGCAAAUUUACAUGCAGAGUUACCAUAUUUUUAUAGGUUAGGCUUUUGCGAAUGGAAUAAUAAGAUUGCAGAUGGUCCUCACAAAUACUAAGCUAUUAAAAGAGUGUGAUGAAACACACACACAUGUAACUCAUUAUAGCAGUCUAAAAAUUUGUUUUUCCUCAUUGAAAGAAAAAGCAAACUUGGCCAUUUAUCAGGUGAAAAUCGAGAAAAGCAAAUUAAGAAUCCCGAUUGGAUACCUGAGUUGAUUCUCAAUACUCAACUCUUACAAGAUUGAGUAUCAAAUUGUCAAGUUACUUUUGAACAGUACUUCACUUUUAUUGUUAAAAGGUGUAUGAUGCCGUCUCAGAUGCAGUUUCACAGUUGGAGGCUGUUGUUCAGUCACAUCCUGGGGAUCCAGAGAGAGAGAGCAGUUUUCAUUCAUCUCGCUCACUUCUGCAGGUUUGAAGUUAAAACUAUUACUCCCAGAAAUUUUUGAAAACCCCUUGAAAAUUAUUAUUGUCUUGUUUCUAAAUACUACUUGAAAAGUCCUGAAAUAUUUCAUAAUUGCUACUGGAUGAAUGGACAUUAAAUGUAGUAAAGGAAUAGUAAGGAACAUUUGCAGUAAAGUAUUCAUGUUUUUGGUCCUGGAUUUCUAACAUUUCUGCCAGUAAAUCUUGGACAUCUUAGUCUCUAACCAAAUGCUCAUGCAAUGUAUAGGGGAGGAAAGCAAGUUAUAGGCCAAUAAUUCUCUUUGUUUAUUCAAGUUAAUUAAGUUUCCAGAAAAACAUGCAACAUGCAAAAUUUUUAUAGCAAGCCNCAUUUGCAGUAAAGUAUUCAUGUUUUUGGUCCUGGAUUUCUAACAUUUCUGCCAGUAAAUCUUGGACAUCUUAGUCUCUAACCAAAUGCUCAUGCAAUGUAUAGGGGAGGAAAGCAAGUUAUAGGCCAAUAAUUCUCUUUGUUUAUUCAAGUUAAUUAAGUUUCCAGAAAAACAUGCAACAUGCAAAAUUUUUAUAGCAAGCCUGUUGCUCCCAACUCAUAAAGAAAAAAAUGUAUGAUGUUGUUUUUGCUUUCAGUUGGUCUUAUCAUUUAUGGCCUGUCUGGAGAGCUGUAUAGGACACAUGAGUCAGCUGUCACUUACCGAUGAACUGAGUAUGAGCCACUUACAUUCCUUACCAUCUGCUGUCAUACAGACUGUCAAGACAGCAUUUAAACAUUGCAAGGUACUGUAUAUGGUCCAAUACUUUUGCUUUGUAGAGGUGUAGUGGCAACAAAAUUAAGCACAAUGGCUAUACCUGAAACAACGGGAGAAAAGGAGCACUUUUAUUGAUUGAUUUUUAAAGAUAUAAGUGCAUGAAGUCUGGAUAUGGUAUCUCUGUACUCUAUAACACUUUUAAUAGUUGACACUGCAGCGGCUCCCGCUCUUUAUGUUGUCAGUCAAUUUUAUCCUUGGUCUUUGUGUAGCUCUUUGAAAGAUGUUGAUUCACAUUGCAGAUUUUCACACUUAUUCUAUUUAAUAGGUAAGAUAUAUAAAAGCAGGAAUGGCAAUAUUCCACAUGCAUUGAUUUAAGAGCUUUAAUCAAAACACUCUGAGUUUCAAGAAUUUUUUCACACUCGCUUUUUAGUCAUUCUUUUUUAACUAUUAAAAUGGCAUUUAAACAAUACUUUGCUUUUUAAAAAGCUUUAUAGAGGGAUCUCUUUAAAAUGGAAUACAUCAGCACAGUUGUUGGCAAAUUUCUGUAAUUGUCUACCCUGCAAACAGAGGCUACAUUUUCUAGGUGUGAGCUGGCAUGUGAAAAGUACUGUGGCAGUGUACACACCUUAGUUCACACUACGAAAAUGUAGCCUCUGCCUGCAGGGUAUUAACUGUCCAUCAUUCUGCUUAUGUUAAGGCUAGCUUGAUUCACUUACUCUCUUAGAAUUAUUUGUUUAUGGACUGAUUCAUUGAUUCCCCCAAAGUGAUUUGUGUCUGACAAAUCAUUUCCAACCAACUAUUUGUAAAUGGUCAACUGGUGUCUGGCAAAUUCUCCAAGUGCUUACACACAGUUAUACACCCUUUUAUAACUUGUAUCCACACUACCAUCUUUUGUUCCAUAAUUUUGGUCCAACGCGAGAUUUUUUCUUUCAUGGUCGGAGAGAUUUUGAUGCUUGUUUGAGAGAGAAACAUAAGAGUAUUGCAUUUUCUGUUUUAAGUCAUCCUAACCAUUUCUUAGUUUGCGGGUGUUUAGGGCUGAAACGUUAUCAUUACCUAACAAUUCCUCAUGGCCCUGUUUAAGAAAAUCAAGUUUUUCUGGUGUACUAUAACUGCAUAUUUUAACCAUAGGUACUUUUCUAUAUAUAUGCAUGAGCUAUUACAUGACUGUAGGAUGCCCCAGGGCUGUGCUCUAGCAGAGCCCAGUGGCCCGUGGCACCCAACUGUUGCUCCUGGGCAACUAGAAAAUCUCAGAUUUUUCAUACAAAUCAUAUGCUGGGCACGCUAGAUUUUACAGGUUCAGAGCACUGGGCACCCUUCAAUUUUCCUUAGAGCACAGCCUUGUGCCCCCUUAAACAUGUGCUAUAUACUACCUGAUCUGAGGACUUUUAUGCCAUUUGUUCUUUUUAUUCAAGAUGCAUCAUACCUUUCCUUACGUACAAUAUUUUUUACUCUAUUCUUAAACACCAUGUGCAAAGAUGGAUUAUACUGACAAUACUUAAAUUUGUAAUAAUGAUGUGAUUACUUUUUCUGACAUCUUGACUAUGUCCAUCAUUCCUUGCAGGAUAGUGAGAAUAUCUAUGGUGAAUUGUUUCAACUUGUGUCACAAGAUUUGGCAACAUUGUUUAAGAAGACUUAUCAACUGCAAAAGGUCAGCACUUAAGUUACUGUGACAUCCCUCGUCAAAACCUUGGGUGCCAUGUGGAAUUCUAUUUACACAUUUUUCUAGUCACAUAUGCUGCACAUUCUAGGCACCUCUUUCUCUUUUAUUCUUUGCUAAUUACGCCUGACAAGUGACAUAGAAUUUAGUGACUUCUUUGUUAGUUUAUUUUGUGCAUACUGGAUUCUGAUGGGCCUGUUUUUUUCCCCUUAAGUCACUGCAUAUUUUUAUUUCUCAGCUGUCUUUGUUAUUAUGCUGUGCUCUGUGUUAAAGCCACAAAAAGCCAUGCAUGCAUGCUGAGGAAAAUGGAACAUGGCUGUACUAAGGGUACUAACGUACUAAAGACCGAUAGAAUGCCAAAAAAACGUAGAACACAGCCGUACUGACAGUACUAACAUGACUCGAUGGCAGAAUAAACUACCAAAACAUGGAACAUGGCCGUACUACCAGGAGGCAGCGUGGCCGAGUGGUCAGCGCGUCGGACUCGCAAUCCGGCGGUCCCGGGUUCGAUUCCCGCUCUGGCCACUUGCUGGAUUUGUGCUCGGUGGUCCCGAGUUCAAAUUCUCGGCCACGCUUGUAAAUAGCCAACUGGUUGCCUUCUGCCAGUUGGGGUUUUUAAUCCUGUUAUGUUGUAUUUGAAUUAUUUGUUUCUAAAUAUUUGAGUGGAGUGCCUGUAAAUUAGCUGACUAGCUAAGUGCACCNUUUAUAUCUGCUAACCCAUCGUCACUGUCGUCACGUGAGAGCACCCAGGCGCAUACUCUUGUCGAACCAGUUUCGGAAGCAUUCAAAUUCCGUGCUUUUAAUUGGCUACAAAAUAUUUUUUAGCCAAUCAGAAUCACGGAAUUAGAGUAAGUGCCCUGAAUAUCUAUUCUCGAAUCAGCUACCCCUGGGUCUCCGAGGAUGAUUACUUUUUACAUUUAUUUACAAUAUUUCUCCGUUUCUGAUUGGCUUAAAUCUGCCCGUUAUUUUUUUUGGUAGUGAGCUACCGGUGACCACAUUUGAAAGAAACGUUGUUUGAGAAGUAAUCAACAAUGGCCGAUUACGGUCAAUCGUCCUAUAAUAUAUUAAAUAAGGAAACAAUAUGAGGAGACCUUAUAAACAAAUUGUCGAUGGAAAAGAAAGCAACAAUACACAAAAAGCUGCUAAAAGAUUUCAACUUUUUUUCUGAAGGAAACCUAAUGAAGAAAUUAUACGUAGAGAUAAGAAUGUUAUGACCAUGGAAAUGUUCUAAAUGAAUAAUAAAAGGAUUAUUGAAUUCGGUUUCAAUACGAUACGAGGAAUUAUGCAGAAUAAUAGGGAGUUAUCUACCUCAGAGUCCGGCGGAUAACACUCUACAAGACCUUUAUAAUUCAUAUCAUACUCAGUCUAAUCCAGUAAUUGAUAAAUGAUCUAAAUCUGAGACUACUCUGUGUGAAACAAACACCAAUAUUUACAUUCAAACUCGAAUGGUAUAAUAUAUUAAUGGUGCGACCAUUAUAUGGAUUUCACUGCUUGCCUGAUCUACCAUAAAUGUAUUUACAAAAAGGCAAGGUGGAAACCUUAUCAGCUAAAGAAAUUUUAACUUGUGGUUUUCAUAGAAUACUACAAAAUCAACUAUGUAGUAAAAACUAUACACUUUUCGGCCCGGCGAUUUUUAACCAAAAAAAAAAUCAUUCUGAAACACUGAUCAGUUCAGGAUCAGGCACCUACACAGACGCCCUUUUGGCUCGCCACACAACAUCAGAAUCAUUUAUACAUUUUCCAGUAUUAGCUUUUUUUUAUCUUUUAAUUGAAUAUCAGUCUAUGAUCUUGGCUUUUUUCUUUUAAGAUUAUCUACGCAUGUCUGUCAUUCAGGGCCGGCAAUGAGGAUUUCCCCGGGUACCAUGAGGAUCAUGCGCAGCUACUUUCAUGGGAAAUAAAAGAAAAAGAUCUGGCCCCGGUUGUUCAAAAAUUGGAUAAUGCUACCCACCGGAUAAAUCACUAUCCAUAGGAUAAGUAUUACGAAAACCAAUUGCGCUAUCCUUAGGAUAGUAAUUUAUCCAGUGGAUAGCGCUAUCCACCUUUAGAACAACUUGGACCUGAAAGGACUUCUUAACUGCUCAAUUCCCCGCCUUGUUAUUGCAUGUACAGGGCUCGACGUUGCGACCCGUGGGGUCGCCAAUGCGACCAGCUUUUACUCAGUGGCGACUAAAUUUUCACGCCUGGUCGCCAACCUGGCCCCCAAGAUAGGUGACUUUCUUCUUUGGGUAAACGUACACUAAUGAUAACUUGCUAUCCUUUACACAACUAACGGAUAGCUAACGGUUUUUCUAAUGCUCUAACGUUUUGCCCAAACGCUCUAACGGUUUGUCUAAACGUUUUAACGAUUUGUCUAAAGGCUUUAACGAUUUCUUCCAACAAUCUAAGCUACGUUUUCAUAACCCAAAUAAGUUUUUUUGUGAUUCCUAAAUUUUGUUUUUUUAAUGUGUAUUCCAUUUCCUGAACCUUGAGCUUGAAUACCUGUUUGAGGAGAUUUACGCUUGAGUGCGGAUUCAUUUUACAGAACACCGGCUGGUAAUCGAGCGUCAGCGAAAACCAUUCGAAAGAAAGUUCAAAGAAAGUCUGAACCAUUCAUUCUCUGUUAAGGCUAAGUUAAAGAUGUUAAGUUAAUUUUAUCCCAUUAGUUCUUAAAUAUAAUUUUUGGCGACUAGAAUACUUGUUCUGGCGACCAAAAAUGAAAACUUGGGGGCCAGUUGGCCCUAAGAUUUUUUUCUGAAAGUCGAGCACUGGCACCUUCCACUAUAAACAUGCCUUUAACCUUUUUUUAACCUUUAACUAAGCGUACUAAUGUACUAAGACCAACAGUUACUGCUCGUAUGUGUAUAAACAUUUUGUUUAUUAUUUUGUGAGAUAUUUUUUUUGUAAGAGGUAUUCUUUUUUUGUGUGAAUAAUUCAUUGAUUGAUUUGAAUGUGAUCAUAACUAGUUUACCCUGACCUGGAAAUUGUACAAUGUAUGAAGACAUUGUUUGAUUUAUUUUGUAACUAUUUUGUGAUGUAUUUGUUAUUUUUUUUAUUACUUCUAUUAUUAUUAUUAUUAUUAUUAUUAUUAUUAUUGAUGAAUGAGCAAGUUUACAUAGCUUUUCUAUAAACUUUUUUUUUCUUUUAUUUUUUUUCCAAGGCUCUGAUGGAGUUGCUAGAAAGAAUUCAGUUUAGUUACAAUGUGUGUGACCAAGAUGUCAAAGAUAUCACAGAAGGUAUUGUUAAUUCUGUAGAUAAGUCAGUGUGAUAUAGUUUAAGUUGUGGUCAUCAUGAGAUGUUUGUGCAUGUAUGUAAAAGGCAAGGUAUUAAAUGGCUUAUUAAAUGGCAGGUUCCCAGAAAGAUAUGCCAUGAAACAUUAGUUUCCCUGGUGGAGUGGUGUACCUUUCAAACAUCAUUCAUGCCGGGUGGGUUUCAGCAGGCUCAUAAAUGGACAGAUAGCGGCUGCCAGCGGCUGCUUACUGUUAACAUGUUAAUAUAUAAUGUAAAGAGCAUCUGUUGUCCUCUCAUCCACGACAUUUCAUUUCAUUUGUGAGUCUAUUUCUUUUAAAUGGAAGUGGAAUGGCCGAGGCUUUAAUGCCUUGCUGUUAUUUUUUUUCUGCAUUCAAGUUUGUCACCAGCUCCUGGAAAUCUGUACUCUCAUCGGUGAUUUGGACACAAGCAUACUGGUAAACACUUGGAAGGCAUUAAAGAGGUGAGUAAUAGCAUCACUAUAGAAACUAUUUGAUAAUAUUUAUAAGUCAGCAAGACUGUAGUGAUGAACUGACUUGGUCAUUUGGUCUUCAGUUUAACAUUGCCCUUACAUUUUUCACUGAAUUUUACACAUUUGAAGUUACACAAGGCUAAAGAGUAAAGCCAAAACCUUUUUGUUUUUUUUUAAAAUAAAGGAAAGAAAGCUUGCUUGUUCUAUGUGUUUCUUUUAUCAUUUUGAAGUUAUUCAUGUUUCCUAUGCAACAUCUCGACUUUUGGCCUUUGAUUCUUUACUCCAAAUUAAUACAAAAACCAGAGACAAUAUAAAUGUAAUGAGUCCUGGACUAAAAACUUAACAAAAAGUAGAUUAUUAAUAUAACAGGCCUGACAAAGUUUAACACUGUUUUGGAAACUUUCUCUUUGGGCAGACUUCUGGUGAAGCAUAAAGAACAUAUAAAAAACCAUCUAGAGGUAUGUGCUUGAAGUCAGUCACAAUAUAAGUCAAUUACUGUGGGUACAUAUAUUACCUAUACUGUCUUUUUUGCAUGAUAAAGGUUUGUUUUCACAUCUUCUGCCAUUUGUUGCAUUUAUCACAUUUCACAGUGAAAAUCUUAUUAUUGGCUUACAGUGCAUUUUGCUUGGUGCAGGUUGAUAGGUUGAUUUGUCAUCUGUGUAUAUCAAUUGAAGCCAAGCUUGAGCGAUGUAUUCAUAUUGCGCCAAUUGUUAGUGAAAAGGUUGAAAGAGAUAACUCUCAUAAGGUAAAUCUCUAACUCUUCAAUUAAAUUUAAUCAGAUUUAUUCUCUUGUCAUGAUAAAGUGAAAUGCAUAGGUGUUGAUGAAAAUUUGGUUAUUGAGAGUCCUGCAUAUAUAAUAAUUCAGACAGUUCAAGUUUGAUUGGUUGAUUGAUUAAUUGAGUAAUUGAUUGAUUGAUUGAUUGAUUAACUAUUUUAAGCAAUAACUGACUGACUGUAUGUAGGUUGCUGUGAUUUUUUUUUUCUGAAAUUUGGGCUUCCAAACAUGUAGGUGUGUCAUUAAGAUUUCAAGACAUGAAGUUGCUGGGUAUGUGCAAUAAGUAGAUAUGGAAUUGCACAUCAUUCUAUGAAGUUUUAGUUUUAGCUCUAUUUUCUGUUUGUUUUCUAUGAAUGUAGCCGGAGGUCAUGCUUAUAGAAGUUUGGGGAAAUCCCUGGCUCCCGGCAUUCAGUGAAAGCCCUGACAUAUGGUUAACCUAUCUACAAUAUGGCUAAAUCUACCAGGAGUUUAGAGUCUUUUGUUUUGACAUUAAUUAAAUAUAAUUUGACUGGUCAAUUUAAUGGAACAAUAAUUGAUUGAUUGAUUGAUUGAUUGAUCCUUAAAAAUUAAGAUGACUAUUUUGGUCAUUCUAGGGUGCUAGUAUACAUGUAGUUGCUGAUGAAGCAGCCUUUGGGAAGAUGCUAAAGGUUAUGCGCUUCCUUGUUGGUCACCUUGUUCACCUAGUUAAGGUACACAGUACAAACAUGUAAUCCUUACAGUAAAUGGUCAGAGCUUUCAUCCUAUGUAUAUAGUAGUAGCAUUUAGCAAAUUUGAGUACAUUGUAGAGGGGAAUAUUUGGUCUAUUUAUGAUGGCCUGGGCUUCAAUCCUUUUUCUCCACUCUGAACCCUUGUUCUCCCAGAGUGAAUGAUGAAACCUUCUAAGGUGGUUCUAACUUAUUUGGAGUCUGUGCAUGACAUCCUGUAGUGAGACCAUUCAAAUGAAACCUCUCAAGAAGUACUUUUACAAAGUACAUGUUUGUGUUACAAUUAUUGUUUUUCUGCGUUCUGAAUUUUGACUUCGCCCAUAUCUAGAAAUGAAAGGUUAUUGUAGCAAGAUGAUUACCCAAAUGUCUCUGCACAGGGGCUCAUGGCUGGGCUAUAUAAUGGGGAAUGUCUUUCAUGGGAAUGGUUUGUUGUUUCUGAUUACAGUCAGAAGGGCACUCAGAGCACUGUACAUGCCUCACACCUAUUGUCUACUUUAAGCACUUAUGCAAGUGUUAGUUCAAGCUGAUUUGUUUUUCAUGGCCUCAGUUAUUGGAACCUAAGCGACAUGAUGUUUACACAAAUUAAGCAGCAUGCAAGGAAAGUCAUGUUUGAUAGCUAAGGGCUAGUGGAUUUUGUUAUCAGGCUGAUGAAUUUUGUUCUCUACUUGCCCAAUGUGCAAUUGAAUUUUGUUGUAACAGCUAAUCGAUUAUUUUUCAGGGUAGUUAAAAUUACUUUCAGGCUAGUACAUGCUAGCUACAGCUUUAAAACUGACUUUCUUUGCAGCCUGAAAGAGUGUUUAAUUGUGUACUGUUAUGUGGCAGGUACAAAUUUAAUAAGUGUAAAAUAAUUUCAGUAGAUAAAAUAUAUUCUGUACAAUGAUUAAGUGAUCUGUUUUCUCUCUUUUCAGGAAUUUGAUGGUUAUUAUGACAAGUGUAUUGAAAAUGUUUUUCAGUUUUUACUGACUAUACAAAGGUAAACAGCUAAAACAAGUAAAAGCUACAUUGUAUACCUCUUACCUUUCACUAUAUCCCUUGUAUAUCCCUUGUUAUGUACAGUCUAUACUUGUUUUUAUUCUUAUAAUAAAUUUUGAAUCUGUGGACUACAUCCAAAAGAGGAAAAAUUAUCCUGAUUAUUUUAUUUUAUUUUAUUUUAUUAGCUUCGCCGAAUAACCCCCAAAAAAACAUACACUGUAAUUAAACUUAAGGGAGAGGGACACCGCAACAGCUGAGGCUAAUUACAGCGGGCCCGGGUAGGAAAAAAAGAGUGUGAAAUGUUAAGAAUAACAAAAUACAAGAAAAGAGGCUAACUACAUACAACAAUUAAAUGAUCGGGCGAGAUAGCAAAUGGUCACCAUUACUUUCCAAAAGUGAUUGACACAAUCCAGGCUUUUUCAGGAAAUGAUUUCCAAGUUUGCUAUUAUCAGAAGUUGGAUGGUUACCACGGCAUCAACUACCUUCAGAAGGGAUGGUUUUUUGCUGGAAUCCCAGACUUGCACAAGAAUAGGCCUCUGUAACUCAUCAGAAACAUUUCCUGAGAUUUAAGCAUCCAAACACAAGACAAUUGGCCGACCGGGGGUCGACUGUUGGUCGUCUGCCAGUUUAGGGGACUUGUUCUUCACAAUUACCAGUAACUUUGCUAAUGCCACCCCCCUAUUAUUGUCUCUGACUAUCAGUUUUAAGACACUUGUCAACUUUAGACUAGUCUUUGGAAACUUAGACAUACAACUAAGUCUUGACUGUUUUAUUGAUUAAUUACAUUCUGCUAAUAAGCUGCUUUAACUUCUUUUCAUUGAACUUAGUAAAUUACCCCCAAGUCUGAAUGCUCCAAAGAUUGCUGCUUCUGCAGCUGAAGGAGUUAAAUCUGCAUUGUUAGUUGUGGUAAGUAUGAAAAUGAAUUGUAACUUGUGGUAAUGAUAUCAACAAGUUUCUUUAAUUUCCUCUUUGAAUUACAGAUGUAGGCUAAGUACAUGUAAAGCUCUAUGGUAAACAGUGAAAUAGAUAUAUAUUUUAGAAGGGAGUCGUUUUCCCGGAUUUCUUUCCAAAAUUUCACAUCAAAAGUUCUUAAAAGUUUUGUUGCCUGAAACAUAAAUUUUAAUUUUAUUUGUAGUACUAACCACAAAGUAGGUAAAAUCCUUUCCUCAGGUAAAAGCAGUGUUCAACCUAGGUUUUUAGGUUAACUGAGAACCCUAGUAAAAAGGUAACAAUGAGAAGAUGAAUACUUGUGUAUAAUCUGAGAAUGGAUUUUACCUACAUCUUUACUUCAUUCUUAAUGUAGCAUUAAAUGAGCAUCACUACUGUAAAUCAAACAGGGCAAGUCCAUAGGGCUACCUAGCUUUCUCUUAAACAGAACUACUGUCCUUAUCUUAAUUUAUAGGAGACAGACUAAAACCAGUUGCUGCUCUAGCUAAUCUCUAACUGACAUAACCAUUUAGUGGGGUGCUUGCAAUUUUGCAAUAUUGCUUUUAGUUCCAUGAAACCAAUUGUAAAAGUUAAAUGUUUUAGGAGUUGCAACCCGCAAUGUGAACACAGUUACUAUUAUAGGACAUAACCUUCUAUGAUUUAUUUAAGUUGAGCCAUUUGGUUUAAAAGAACAUCACCUUUAACAGGUUGAACCGCUCUUAGCUGUGCUGGUCACAAACAAGAAGUUUGCCCUUUUGGUAACGAAAGAGACUACAGGUAAGUUAGUUGGACACUAUAUUCAUGUCAAAGUCGAGCAUGAAUGGACAAAGCUGAUUUUCAAUUAUAUACUGCUGCUUGCAAUUUUAUGUCAGUUCAUCAAACCAGGCUUACAAAAGUUUCUAUACAAUUCCAACUCCUGAUAAAUAUUGCAAAAAUUUAAAAUGGUUAGCCUGUGGAGCAGCCUUUGCCAGAGUAGCAUUGCUUGGUAACAAUUCAAAAGUACAUUGUAUAAACCUCACUGAAUAAGAUGAAAAAAGCUCUUUGGGAGAUGUAGCCCUUAAUAUUCAGUGUAUGAAAAUGUGUUUUUCCUUGAGUAUUACAGAAAGUUUACAUGCCUAAUGUAUAUGAGGCGUCAGUCUCUCUAAGCAUUUUUUUGUUGGUGUACAUCUUCACAAUAUCAAACCAGCUUAUCAUUGGCCAUGUAAUCUGACCCUUUAUUACCGGCAUUUAAAAUGGCAACUUUUUCAGUCUUGAGUUAAAUGAAAGAGUACGGAUUUCUUGGAUUGAUGCAUUCAAAAGGGUAAGGAAUACAACUGGACAAUAAUAUUUCCAAGCAAGGUUCUUUAAGUCUGCAAUGCUGAUGUUGAUGAAUAGUAUUUCUUGUCUAUGCAACUUUAGUGAGUAAAUAAUUGAUUUUAGUAUAUACUAAAACAGUGGAUAGUGUUUUUCGCGCGCUCUGAUUGGCUACUCAAUCAGUGAAUAUCCUGCACUAUUCACUGAUUCAUCUCCAGUUCCUCGGAGCGAGCGACGCCAAACUCGUGUAAGUUGCAAGCAAAAUGCCUUCCCGGUUUGCUGCCGUAAACAAACAAAGAAAUUUCACCACUAAUCAACCAGGCUGUUUCCAAAAUACACGAAGAAGGUGACGAAGUUCGGAUUGGAAGUUUUAACAGGUAAAGCUUUGUCUUUUUGACACGAAUUUAUCGAUAAAACCGGUGAAAAAGUUUUUUGUUUACAAAUGCAAAUGAAGCUUAAGUCUUGCUUACUUUAUUUAGUUGAGUUGUUCAUAAAUAAGCUUAAAACUAAAUUUAAUAAUCUUUUUUUAUAGAAUGAUUUUAAAUACAAAAAGAAUUCACAACUCCUUUUGAAGAAAUUUCCCCGCAAGAGCUAAACAAAUGCCUUCAAAAGUUUUAGUUGCCGGCAAGAAAAAGCGACGGCCGCGGCCGCCCGGUCAUUACGCGCCAAAAUUGUAAUCGUUGGCAACAGUAUUUGAGUUAAAAAUAGUCGUUUUUGUGCUCAAUUAUCUCACUGUUUUAGUAUAUACUAAAACAAUUAUUCACCUCAGUGUUGGUGGCUAGUCGUGGAUAUUUACCUCACUGCUUCGCAGUUCGGUAAAUAUCCAGGACUAGCCACCUCCACUUCGGUGAAUAAUUGUUAUAUACGCCAGUGACUUGCAUACCUCACUAAGACCUUAAUGUGCCAUUAUUUCAGAAAUUGACCAGGCUCACCGGUUCUCACAGUGUUGUCUACUAGCUUCUAUACUUUCCAUUUUACCAAAGACAACAGGUACGUUAGUCGUGAUCAAUUUCUCCCAAGAUACAAUUUUUCUCACCAUAAACAUUUUGAUGUUUCGUUAUUGUCUCCUAUUGUACACAGUUAUAGUCUAGGUUAAUUGAACUUUGUGAUAUGAUUAUUUAGCUCUUUAGACCGAGUCAUAUUGUUCAUCUAGAGUAGCUUUUGUUUGUGGUUUAGUUAAAAUCACCGUUUUGCCAGGCUGAGCCUGUGGAAAGCAAACUAAUCAAAUUGCCUGUGUACCAACAUUACUUUUUUUACCAAUUUUAUUACAGAGGAUGUAUUUCAAUAUUGGGUUAUGCCUACUAAUUAUCCUGAGGUAAUUACUGGGAAAGUACAGUAUUAUUUUUGACUCAGACAUUAUUAUAGUAUGUCAAGGUAGUAGUAAAUUAGUCUGUUAAUUUAACGCUCAUAGUCAAUAAGAGACACAUGCAUUGUUGUUCCAUCUUUUGUGACCAUUGAAAUGAAACCUUUCUUGCAGCUCUUUGCCGAUGGUACUUUUCUUCCUGAAUUCCGAUGUCAAGCAGUCUUUCACACAACAUUAGCUAAGAAACCUGUUGGGCUCUAUUUUUUAAAAAUCUAUCUCCAACAAAACUAGAGUUGAAAAAGGCAAAGAAAUCAUCAUUACACAUCUUUGUUUUUUGUUUUGUUGUUUGUUUUGUUUUGUUUUGUUAUGUUUUUCAAAUCAACAGCAAACUCAUUGUGAAGAAAAAAGGCAAACAAAAACAAAAUACCAAAACUAAAAAAAUUGUUUGAAAGUUAGCGUGUUAAAUUCAUAAAGUUAGACCAGGCAAAAUCACAGCAUGAAAGAGAUAAAUAAUAUGUUUUGCAGCUUAGCUUAAUUAAAAACUGCUCCUCUGUUACAAUUAUAUGUACAUAAACACUCUAACUGACAACCUAAAAUUUUUUAUGUAUGCUGUAUUCUCUAUUGUCAGGCGAGUUCCUGACUAAUGGGAUUUGCUGUAUGAUUUGUUAGGGAAUGACCAAUCAAACGCUACUAUGGAUAGCAUAUUAGAAAAUAAUUACUGGUAUAACUGGUUCUAUUCGCUUUUUUGUAGGAGGAAAAUCGCCUUUCUGUAAUGGAAGUUGUUUUUAAAUCCUUCAAACUUUGUGAGUUUACAGGCCUUGGAGUCUUUUAUCAUUUGAAAUAGAAGUUCCCAUCUUUUUUAAAAAAAUAGAUUACCAUACUACCUAUUCAGCUAAUCCUUGAUGAUAGGUGGUCUUGUUGUAUGUCUGCAUGUUACAGGUGUUCUUGAAGUUUGUCUGCCCGUAUUUGUUGAUGGUGUCAUGAGCAAUGGAAAAGCUCUGAGGUACACAUUACAUUUUAGUUCUUUCAUCAGCUAUACUGGUGCACCGGCCAAGAAAUUUCCAGGUCUCUUUUCCUUUAUUUUUCUAUUUGUUUUACUGGUUUACAGGGCACAAGCCUGCCCAGUGGGAACAGACAUAAACGGGAGACUAUAUCCCAUGCGAGGUGACUCACCUCCCCCUCACCCAUAGGUUGCCCAAUCCCUCAUCCCACAACCUACAGAAGAUGGGGGAAGAUCAGUAAAAGUGCUUUGAGAUGGGGCUUACGGUUUUUCCAUUUCCUUGAGAGGAAUAGAAUGACUAAGUAACCAUUCAUGGGUAUCAGUAGAGAGAUUGAGUCACCAGUGAGUCACGUUAACCGCAAACUGCAGACUCUAGUUGAAAAUUUCUCAAAAUGGAAAAAGAGCCGAUAAGAACAGUCUAAAACAAUUCUCUUGGAUGAAAAUAACGUGAAACACUUUUUUAUAUAGAAGAACGGUUUAAUACAAGUAAAGGGAAAACUUAGUCACGUGGCAUAAGUUCACGUUUGCUGUUUGCCGUUUGUUGUAAGCGUGACUCUAAAUCUCUAUACUAUCGAUCCUGGGUCUUCUUGCUCCAAAGUCUGGUACUUAGUCAAAAGGCCAUUUGAAUUUAAACUUUGUAAUCCCGGCGAGCCCUAAUUUGCACAAGAAAGUAAAACCCUGAAGGAUUCUGGUAGUAGUAGUCUAACGAUGUCAUCGCGCAAAUCGCCUAUUGAGCUUACCAGUCUCCGGUUGUGUUUUUCAAAAUCCGAUUGUCCUCGGAUGAGAGUCAAGAGUCUUCAAGAUGUACUAGCACCAGAAAAUACAUGUUCAAAGUUUUUCAUCUCUCAACGAUAACUGACAGAAUAUAGAUCUAAAUUUGAAAUUUUCAUUAUUUUUGUCAGGCAGGUGAAAUUUUAUGAGCAUGUUUGUGCCAGGCUGUGUGCACUUGUGGCUUCUGCACCUGUUGCCUGCUUUCCAACUCUGGUGAGUUGUGCUUUGUUCGAGUUUUGGGUUCCAGUGGAAGUUUCAUAUUCGAACGUCUCAUUUAUUUCGACUGCAUGCGUAGGCGCAUAAAAAUUACGUGACAAUGGACAUCCACCUCAACGGCGGAAUCAAUCGCCUGCUUUGUUGUAACUUCUCGUGUUCAGGGGCACCCAACGAGGAUAUGGUUCAAAACCACUUAACAUAGCAUUAUUGAACGUAUUUUAGUAUUCAACUGGUAGAUAUAGGCAUAUUUUUAUCCCCUAAAAACUUUUCAUCUGUUCGGAUUUCCUAGCUGAAAGUCUAGUGAUCCGAAAAUUAUAGGGAUAAAAACCUACCUUCUCGAAAAUUUCAGCCAGGAAAAGGCUCCCGAAAAUUCUAGGUGGCCUUUUUUAGGGUCAAAAUCCGUUAAAAAUGGGUAAUUAUAAUAUUUUGUAGAUGUCCGAAAAUCCUAGGAGAGGCAGGCAAGCAAGAAAUUUUACAACAAAUGCUCCGAAAAUUCUAGAUCUCAAAUCGUCUUCCGAACAGUUUUUUUCCCGAAAAUUGCCGUUGGAUGCCCCUACGUGUUUGCACCCUUAAACACUUUUCACGUCAUUGCUUUUUAGUUCAAUAACAAGCAGACAACGAAAAUCGGGGCAAAUUGAUACACUUCACAUAGUCUUCAAAGUUUUCAGUGGAAUAUUUUUGAAGUUAAGAAAUAACACGUUUCCUCUAGUGGUGAUCAGAUGGAGUAACUCUUGAUUUCUCUUAUCGUCCUGCGAACAACUAGACCAAAACCUUGACCAACAUAGUAUGUAAUUCCUUCCUGAUUGAGUCUAUUGAGUUGCCAGAGUUACUGGUUUUAUUACGCCACGUUGUGUGAUUUAAUCUCCUUUUACAACCAUUGUUUUGUGUUUUAGUAGCUCUCUUUAAUAUCCUGUAGGAACGAUGUCUUCUAGAGAAAGUCCUUGAAGAUGAUUUGUUGUGUGCUUUACUUGCUAGUGACGUGUGGUGUUUCAUGGCCAGGUAAAGAAUGGAUAAUUUGAGAUUGCGUAGGAGAUUGGGUCAGUGCUGUAUCGAAUUGCACUAUGGUGCAGCUUUGAUAGUCUCCUUCGCAGCCGCUCGGUUCGGAGUCACGCAAUGCUCGCGUGGGGGCAAGGAGCAUUGCGUGACUCCACCUACACCUUUGAGGGACCAAUUUUGACCCAGUCUCCUACUCCUCUUUUUAACAACCAAUAAAAUGAGCAGUAGCGUCCCUAAAAGAGCCCCGUGGUGCAAUUAGUGCAAUUAUUCCAAGCCGCACAAACUCUUGUUUAACAUUUACUUUAGGUCUGUCACUUUUUUCAUAGGUAAGUGGAUUACAAUUACAUUGUUUCUGCUAAAUAUCUCUUACUUUCCGAAUAAUGUGAGUAUGAGCACUUAUAACAUGUUAUAACAUAUUAUGGUUUUGUUGUUGUUAAUCACUAGAUGGGGGUCUGCUGAGCUUUGUACUGGACACGUGACAGUUCUUACUCAACUGGUACGUUGCUACAUCUUGUAUCAUUCUUUAGCUGAUAUACCACUUCGACAAAUACUUUUGUCAAGCGUUCUUGCUUUUCCUGAAAGUCCUGAAAAUGCCCUGUAACUUGAUGUCAGAAUUCAAGAGUUCUUAAAAAUGCCUGUUAAGAAGACGUCCUGCUCAAAGUGCUUGAAAACUUCUUGAAUUUUCGUUCAGAUAUCGUAUUAUUUCAAAGUAAUUUGAAGAUUGAGCGCAAAUUAGAAAAUCUAGGAUAAAUUUUAGGAAAAUAUGCAACUCCGCCUGCACUGAACACUUUUAGAAAACUCAGUUGUUGGUGCUUGAAUUCUUCUUGAAUACUUAACCCGGCAUAUACCCUAGUAGUACUCUUCAAGAACGGCGCGCAGUGUUUUGUAACUUGUAUUUAUGGUAAUAAUACUUUUCUUUUUCAGUUACUAAAGUUACCCCCAACAGAAACCGCCCAUUUUUACCUUUCAUUGCUUAUUCAGCGUCUUGUUCGACUUAUGGCGGUUGAACACCAAGUACGUAAAAUUAUGAGUUGUUAAUAAAAACAAACACACGCCUGACUGUGGCAACUAAUAUUCGAGCCGACAUUUUUCCAUUGUAGCGAAAACAUAUAGAACUUCACGUGUCACGGAUGACCAAGAAGAAAUGGUGGUCCUGUGACCAGUAAUUAUCAGUGAUUUUGUUACAAAUAGUUAUGGUGAGUCCUGGGACUCAUCCUGUGAAAAAUUGUGAGUCCCAGUCCAGAACCAUUGAGUCCCAGUUCAAAAAUCAAUAAGUCCUAAAUUGAAAAUGCUUGGGCCUUUGUCUAACCAGACAGAUAAAAGAUAUUGUUUUGUAAAGCAGAAGACUAAAAGAGAUAUGCGUCGUUAAACAACAGCCACACGAACAGGAUUUUCUACAAAAACAUCUUCAGAUCGAUCGAUCGAUCUUUGCGUCCUACGGGACGCGUGCCGUGAACUUUUGUGCGUCUUUGGGGAUUUUUACUAGUCAGGGACGCAGGACGCAGAAGUAACAAAAUCAAUACUUUGUGCUAACUCUGUUGAAACUUAUAGGAGCACUUGUAAAGUCGUAGUAGCGAUCAAAUUCAGACUUAAAAACUAACACUUUUCACGGGAGCAUUUCAUAUUGUUGCAUUAACUUUUAAAUAAUCAAAACGUGAUCCCACUCGAAAAGCAAACAUGACACAUAUGGGCAAAAUGAAUUUCUAUAUCUCAAUUUGGCCUUAUCACGCUUUGUAUACUUUUGUCAUCAGGAGGCUCUUGUAAGUUCCUUCCCGCCGUCAAAAGAGGAAAAUAUCCGGGCCUGGUGUGCGUUUCCCAUACAAGAUAUGCCUGAGGUUGUUAAGAAAAAGGUAACCUAUAACAAUAACAGUUUGACUGAUCAAAGAGUGGGUUACUUACUAGGCUAUUACAGCAAAAAAAAUACAAACACAGACGCGCGUGCAAAAUGAAUAUCCUUAUAAUCAAAGGACAAGCUCACUUCGGGAAGAACGUUACGUUUUACCUUUGUGAUAGCCUGCAAAGUCUAUCCGAUCCUUUGCUGCAAAGAACUAAAAAAUGCAGCAUCGUUAGCCGUCGUUUUGUAUUCUGCUGAGUAGCCUAACCCUCUUCAGUUUCGUGAUAGAAUUAGUAAUCAUAAUAAAGAAGUACAAACAAAAGAGCAAGCUGAGCAUGUUUGAGCUGUUUGGUUCAGUGUUAGAUUCUCCCGCCGGAUGUAUGAAGCUUCCUUUAUCUUUUGAGUCUGUGGACCAAACCUUGUGCUGUGACCAUUCACUCAUUCAAGACUUCUUCAUCAUGAAGAAAAAUCACUUAGUGCCAAUGCCUUGUGUAGCCAUCACAUGGCUCUCCUUGAGAAAAGAAUUUAAAAAGGCAAAGGAGGAUGGAUACUAUAAACUUCGUCUUCAUCUACGGCCCUCUUUUAAACUGUCUUCGCUCGUGGCUCUGUUGUUGAUAUAGUCUAAACAAAUUUUGUGCGCCUUAAACAUGACUAACUCGACAAGGUCUUCUCCGCUGCACUUUUUUCUAGAUGUGCCGUACCCUUGUUCCUCUGUGCAUAAAAGUUGGUCACUCGAGGACUACAACACAGCAGCCUGUGACAGAUGACCUCUUGGUUAGUACGUUCGCGAAUGAUGUACAAAUUAAUGCAACAUUUCGUUUUUCCAUGGCUAUUACAAGUGAAGAAGCCUAUUUUUCCAUCUUGUCUGUCUUGUAUGUAGAAAGAAAAAAAAAAGAAUAACGUCGAAGGUUGGGAAUUCCAUCCAAUUGAGCUGCUAAUUUACUGCUCAUUUUUCCUGAGUUAAGCUGAAGUGACAUGCAUGCUGCAUGCUGUUAGGAAAAGGAACUUCUGAAGUGUCUUAUUUGCCAUUUCGAGGUUGAGAAUGAGCAGGUGUUGUGUCGAAUUGCACCAUGGGAAUUUUUCAGGGACACUUUCGCUUUUUUUGUUGGCUGUUACAAAAUUAUGCAGGAACAAUACAGCGUCAAGCGCACUUCAAAAUAGCCAAUACGGAGGCAAAAGAAUAUCUACGUGAAUAUAAAAAAGAAUUCGUUGAAGCCAAUGAACGUGACACAUGCUGGACGUUAGUAGUAUAGGGCGCACCGAAAUAACCCCCUUUUUUGAAGUGGAGUCUCACUUGUUUGAAGUGAAAUACAUUAACGCCGUGUCUGUAGGAUCGAUGUGGAGGGAAAAUAAAAGAAAAAAAGGGACACUCAAUUACUUGUGGAUGAGUAGGAGGAGUGGGGUAAGUAAAACAUUGUCUUUUGUGCGAAAUGGAGCUAGUUUGCCUUCGACCUCAUUAAUAUGCACGAUUUGCCCGGCAAGAACAGUGAACCGGAACCAGGACAAUGACAGCGGCAGAAAAUAGAACGUGAAUAUUUACGACACGGCUCAGUGAAUGUAGGUAACAGGCGAGUUUGAGUUGAGUUCUCAGACAACAUGAAUUAACCAAUGAAAACGUUUCUUCUUUUCUAAUCAACCAAUCAAAAAACCAAGACAUCAAUCAUCCAUGUAAAGAGUAACACAUUUUGUUAAAACAAAAGGCUAUGAUGUCAUCGGCGUUAAUGUAUUCCACUUCAAAUUAAUGCGAUUCCAUUUUAAAAAAGGGGGUCAACUCGGUUCACCUCAUUCUACUGACGUUACACUUUUUUGUUGGAAAUAAAAUACACCGUUGUUCUUUAUUUCUACUGACACUGCGGAUCCCAGAAGAUUGCGGUGCUGUUCUCAAAUGUUAAGGACAAAAAAUGUUUGGUUAUAAUUACUGCUUGUGUCCCAGAACAGCAGGCAUGAACCAAGUGCCUCCGACCGGUUUAAAUUGCGUCGAAGACUCAGCUUUUUUUCUAGUUAGAUACUCCAAGUCAGAAAUUCCUAACAUGACGUCUUUCUUAUGCGUGUGUUCACAUUGUUUUUUCCAAAGUGUGAUUGCCUGUGUUGUCUUGAGAGAGUGUACAGUUUAGCUGAAGUGGAACAGUACGUCCCUCCGGUUCAUCAAUCUGCUGUUAUUGAACUUGUUAACAGCCUGUGGUCUCUGAACAAUCAAGACAAUGAGAAUUCAGGGGUACGUACGGCCCAUUGGCACUAUUGUCAUACAUUGUAUGCUUUUUGAUUAGUUUUGUUCAAAUUACUUGAAACCUGGGGCCAAUUUAAUAAAAGUAAUUUAAGCGUAAUUUACCUGUGGCUGACCAUUUUCGUAAGCUCCUUUACAUGCGACACACACAAGUCACUUUCCAUUGAUUUCAUACCAGGCUAUCCUUCACGGUCUGAUUUUAGGCCAACAUUAUAAUUUUCAACAAUUUGUUGAUGAAGAAAGAAUCUGUUGCCAGUAAGCCUGGAUUGUUGAAUCGAACUCUUACCAAUUCUUUCUCUAAGAUGGUCCAGUGAUACCUGUUAACUUGUGUUUUUCAGCAUCUCGAUAUCAAGACCCGUUGUAAGUUACUGGAUUUGUCUUCUAUUCUGCUACAUAUUAUUCAGCCAGAAGACUAUGCUAAGGUACAAUAUCCUUUUUUCGUUACUCAUAACAAGGUCUACUUCUGGCUCUGUUUCUGACUGUGGAUGUUAUCUGUCCAACACCAGUCAGAGAGUUUUCUUUUCGAUGAGAGACGGCUGUAUUCGCAGGCUAUAUGAAGCGUAAUAGAGUAUUGUUGACGAACAUCGAAGUGUUUAAUGUUGUGAGAAACACUGCGAUGAGUGUGAAAUAUACCUUCUCACACGAAAUGAUUUCUAAGAAGAGUUAAAGAUGGCAAAACGAGAAGUGUUUUGCUAGAUAUGUAAUUACGUCACGGUAAACCAUUUGGUCUUUGGUCUUUUGUCUUUGCUUUUCGAUUUAUCAAAAAGCUUUUAACAAGUUUUGCUAAAACUAAAACACCUAGCUACAAGCUCAGGCAAAUAAUCUUUAGGGCACUUAAAAUUUUAACAGGAUAGAUCCUCUACGUUCCGCACUGUUCAAAGGCAGUUUCUCAAAACGCGAGCAAUUUGUGAAGGGGAGAAAGGAGGAUGGGAAAAUCAAGUUGACAUUGCAAUAAUUAAUGUUUUUUUCUGAUGUUCUAAUUACAUGUUGCUUCUUUAUGCAGAUUUUAAGUGGUUUAAAAACUCUUCUUAGCCAGAGUCCGAGCUUGGAAGUUCGUGAAGCAGCCGCACAGUUUCUUGGAAAAUGCGGUAGUAAAGAAAUUCCAGAGCUGUAUGAGGUAAGGAUGGGCAUUUUAAAAUACUUUCGGUUUUAGUGUUAUUUUAUAGUAUUUUUUAGGAUUAUAUUUUUAUCAAAUAUUUACUGUGUGAACAUUUAUUCAUUUUAAAAAGAGGUGCCACGAUCGGGGAAAUUGAAACAAAAUAUUUUUUUUCAGGUAAAAAAAUUGGUAAUUUAGUUCACAGUUCUUGCAAAAGUAGUAAAAAAUACGGCAAUUUUAUGUCGCGCAGAUGAGUCUGAAGAAGAUGAAAAGCAAAUUAUGUAAGUCGGUGAAAGUCGUUUAAAGACCCAAAGAAAAGACGGUGAAUUUUGUUUUGUCUUACAAAUGAGAUCCCUGAGUUCCAUAAAGAUCCUUUUUGCACAAGAUUCUCUUUGUACUUAUAUGGAAUUUUCUUAGGCGGCAGUUCUGGGCGACAUUACAAGCAUGUUCUCCUCUCUGGUUAGUGACGAUCAUUGGUUGGUGCAUCAAAAGGCAUUUCAGAGCGUCAAAGCUUUUGCGGAGGUAAGCCCAAAGUUUAAGUAAGCCCGUCACUAUAUAAACAAACGAGCAAAUGAAAGACGGUUUCCUGCAAGGGUACCAAAAUGGAUAAUGAUUUAUUUCCUUUUUAUCCGUGGUUUAAAUUUUAAUUUCCUUUGUUUUUGCGUAUGUUUGUGUAUGAUAAUAAGUAUUAAACAAAAGAAAAUAAAACCUAGGCCAAGGGUAAAAUUGAGCCUACCCUGCGAGUAGAGGCUACAUUUUCCCUGUGUGAGCUGUCUUGCGGAAAGUAGCUACUUAUUUAUACUAGGAACCUUACGAAACUACGACGUCGACGGCAACGGGAACGUCACAAAAAAGCAAUAGCUUUAAUGAGCAAAACAAAAAUUCUGCACGUGCAUCACGCUUUUUUGUACAUUUCUUUGCAGUCCCUGCACAACUAUGACGUGAAUUGACCAAAUUUUAAGUUUAUUUGGGAACGGAAAUGGCAAGGCGAUAACUUCUACCAACUCUGUUUGAACUAGGUCGCGGCCCCUUCUCUUCAGCUCAAACCCAAAUUCCCUUCUUUUAAAUAACUGGGCCCCUUGGAAUAAUGACGAAAAAAAGUGUAAGGAUUUGAAGUCUAUUUUUUUGCGAAGUUUUCAUGGACGUCGCCGUUGUCGGAUAGUAAGGUCCCUAUUGGGGACAAUCCGACGACGAAAUGCCGAGAAUGGCAACGAGAACGUAAAAAAAGAACAAAAGGUUUUAGAGGGUAAAACAACACCUUUACACGUGCAUCAUACUUUUUUUGUAAAUUUCUUUGUCGUUUUGCAUGACUUGCUUAAUAUUACAUUUUAUGGAGAACGUAAACAAGCGACGACGAAAUUUUAUUUCUCUUUCUGAACUUGGAUAGGGAUCCCAGCAAUACGCUCUUCUCACAUAUGGUAAUAUGCCCGUCUAACCUCGUUUACGGGUAAAAAUUCUUUUGAAAUUCAAAUACAAAAACGUCGUCUGAUUAGCAUUUCAAAGGACUUUUUACUCAAAAGCGAGGUUAGACGGGCAUAUUACCAUACGUGAGAAGAGCGCAUUCAACUCCAGGGGGGUUCGCCUACUUUUGAUAAAAGUAAAUGGGUAGGAGUAAUGGCGAUAAAGACUGGAAGAACGUAAAUUCACUUUUUAUGCGACGUUUUUUCUGCCAUCGCGUCGUCGGAUUUUAAAGUCCAUACUAUUGCCGCUGUAACCUGACCUUUAAUUUAGCCAAGCUUCAUCACCUAGUCUAACUUGUUUGAAAUGCUUGAGCCAGCUUCUCUCCAUUUCUCUGAGUUUUUAAAAUCGUACAUUGAUUUGUCACCAGGUCACUCGAUACACCCAUGUGAUGGGAGACUGUGUUCCAGAGAGCUUACUUCCGGCUCUGUCCGAUUUCUUAAAUGAGGUUUGUUCUUCUCGUUGUUUCGUUGUUACAAGUUGUUAGUUUUAGUGGUUAAGCAGUAGUCAAAUCUUAAGAUGGUUAACCCUUCUAGAAGUGUAGCACAUGACUAAGUAGUGUGGUAGGCAGUGGACAUUAUGGACCUGACAAUGAUUCUGAUGUGCAAAUCUCAUUCUGAGGCGAUUCUCUGGCGAUUUCAUAGCGAUGUUUCAAUCCCUACGUCAUGGUGACCGUAGGGUGCAUUUAAUCAGAUGUAAACAUUUAACGAACCGAGGCUUGCCUCGCGCUUUGCGCAAAAUGCCGCGUUUGCCUUGCUUGGCUCACAAAUAACCUGUUAUACAGGCUACCAUUAAUAGCAUCUCAGUGCGAGCAGGUUGAAGAAAAAAUAACGUUUUCGCAGCCAUAACUACCGUAAACGCCUUAACUUACUCUUGCAGUCGAGCAAAAAUCGCACUAAGUAUGGCCUCUGUAAGCAAGUCUUGAGGCAUGGUUAUUUUCAAGAAGUGUAUUAGCUCACGUUUAUGUUUUUAAAUUUUGCAGCUUCCUUUCAGACACAAUGACUUGCCUGUAGACGCUGUAUCCUUUACGAGUGAAAUUGUUGGUAAAGCAAAUUAUCAAACUGUGAGAUUCGAGUUUUGCCAACCGUCCGAACGCUGGACUUAGUCUAUUGUUCGGACCUAACCAGCUCGCCCUUUUGGACCGUAGUUUGCCGCGUUUUACUUGUCUUCGUUUCUCGACCAGUCACGUAAGAUAUUCCUUAAAGGUAAUGUUACACGGGGCGAUUCGCAACGACGAUUUUUAGCUCAACACAGCGAUGCAAUGUCGGAACAAUGUUGUAACUAUUCGAAACAAUGUCGCAACGCUGUGUUGCGCUAAAAAUCGACCUGGAGAAUCGUCUCGUAUAACAUCACCUCAAGAUAGUUUUUGUUUGUUGAAUGAUUCACAUUCCAAGUUGACUCUACGUAAGGAAACUGAUUUAUCUACCUUGUAGCACAAACGUCCAGUAUUGGUGAGUUAAUUUUUCUUGACACAGAUUAUUAGGAAUCCGAUAAAGAAUUUUUAAAACUUCAGCUGGAGGAAGCAGCCGCGGGGCAGAGUCAGUCCCCUGAUUCCGGCGCACUGGAUGAGGAGGAGAUUCCCAUCCUUGACAACAGUGGUCGGUCACGUGACGCAAGAACUAAAGAAAGCACCGGAGAGGUAUGGAAUUAUCCACCAGGUCCAGUUGUUCAAAAGCUGGAUAGCGCUAUCCAUCGGAUAAAUCUGGGAUAAAUCUGUAUCAAGUGGAUAAGUAUUAGCAAACCAAUUGCACUAUCCACUGGAUAGAGAUUUAUCCGGUGGAUAGCGCUAGCUAUUUACCUUUUGAACAACUGGGGCCCGCAGUGGGGUAAAUAACAUUCAAAAAUUGCCGGCUCUCGUAGCAAGGGUAGAAAGGAUGGGGAGAGUGGAACGUUUUUCAUCUUCGCGUUUUUCACGUGGACUCUCUCACCCAUUCGUUUACGCUUGAAAAGCUAGCUGAAAGCUUGCUCACUUAAAGUCACUGUAUUUAGCAUGAAACUGCCGAAUUCUUAAACUUUAAGAGAACACUGUAUACAUUGAAAAGUAACUACAAAUAUGCUUAAAAAAGCCUUUAAAUAAUUACCGAGUAAUAACUGCCUCAGGGGCGUGGCUAGACUAUGUUGUAAUGUACACAUAGAGGGAGAUUUGGCCAUGUAUUUGGAGGGUCAGAGGUAUAUAACCCCCAAAUACCCCCAAGAUACUAGGAAUGCUGUUGUUAAGACGCUGCAAGUAUAAUGACCUAUAUUUCUGCAUUGUCUUAGAUUAACUAGCCACUAGCCUGUAUUUCUGCAAACAUUCAGUUAUUCAGAGUUUUAGACCAUCAAUUGUCGAUUACUUGUGUACAGACGCCCCCUUUCCUCCCAAAAAAAUCGGGGAGGGGGGGGGGGGCGCUCUCCCCGAUUUUUUUGUUUUUAUUUUUGAGGGGAGGGGGUGUCUGUACACGGGCUACCAAUGUAGAGGUUUUCGUUUCGAGUCUAAAUAAGCCUUGUUUUUCAUACACAUGUAAAUGUAUCGCAGUUUGAUUGAAGAAGCAGAACAAUUCACAACGUGGUCAUCACGCAGUAUAAUACUCGUUGUUGCUGCCUACACCUUGUUUCCUUAGUAACAUUUGCUUAGUGAAUCCUUGGUAGUAGUUUGAUCGUGGUCAUUAUCGCACAUCCUCAGUAUCUGGUAAAUCGAGCUCUUUAAGUUGUUACAGCUGACAACCUGGACUCUGUGGUGUUUUCUACAUUUCCGGUUCGACAAAUCUUAAUUCGUUUUUUUUUGAUCCGGUGAGAAAAUAACAGUCAGCCAUCUGAUGGCAGUUUCAUCUGUUGCAGCCUGAGGCGAAACGCUUCAAAGUACAUGAAGGUCCAUCCUCAUGUAAAAACCAGGUGAGAACGUGAAUGUAAAGGAACAAUUGAAUUUUUAUGAAUGUUUAUUCACCAGGGCCGAAUUGUGAGAAACCUGAUUAGCAUUAAGCGUUAAAUGUAAACGGAGAAUAUCAGUUAUCAUGGUACCAAACCUGCUAAUCAUCUUUCUUCGAACAAUUCUGUAGCCUGCGAAGCUGAUGGAAUUCAGCCUCUCGCGAGUGAGGUUUUGGCGGCGGAGCGGCGAGAAGCGAACGCCGAAGCAGCCGAAAGCCUGAGAAAAUUUUGUCUGCCGGAUAACUUGGCUAUUUUUAAUGCCGCCAACUUUUCACACUUUGUUAAAACCAAUUGUAGCAACCAAUCAGAGUAAGGGUGUAAUGCAAAACCCACAUGUAUCAAUCCCCAUUCUCCNAAAACCAGGUGAGAACGUGAAUGUAAAGGAACAAUUGAAUUUUUAUGAAUGUUUAUUCACCAGGGCCGAAUUGUGAGAAACCUGAUUAGCAUUAAGCGUUAAAUGUAAACGGAGAAUAUCAGUUAUCAUGGUACCAAACCUGCUAAUCAUCUUUCUUCGAACAAUUCUGUAGCCUGCGAAGCUGAUGGAAUUCAGCCUCUCGCGAGUGAGGUUUUGGCGGCGGAGCGGCGAGAAGCGAACGCCGAAGCAGCCGAAAGCCUGAGAAAAUUUUGUCUGCCGGAUAACUUGGCUAUUUUUAAUGCCGCCAACUUUUCACACUUUGUUAAAACCAAUUGUAGCAACCAAUCAGAGUAAGGGUGUAAUGCAAAACCCACAUGUAUCAAUCCCCAUUCUCCGCGCGGAUAUUCAACUCUGCCUCAUCUAAAACGCGAUAACGUGACGAUCCCGCAAGCUACGCAGGCAAAAAAUUCUGCCCCGAUGUUUUUAUUAGGCAUCUCAAAAUAUACUACUUUGAAUCCUACCAGAGUAUUGAACGGUUUGCCACUGAAUUUGUUGUGUGGGAAACUCAUAUUUUGUGACUUUUUUGACACGAUAAACUAGCUUCUAACUGCUUGAGAGUUAAAAGAUGUUACAGGAUUUCCCCAGUCGUUAUAACUGUUUAUAACUACAAUUUUAACAAAAGUUGUGCUGUUCCCUCACUAAUCUCAACUCAGAUUUAACGUCUUUUUUGUUCGCUUUAGGGAGAGAGACUUUACGAAGAAGCUCUUACAAAAAUGAAGAUCCCACUUUCAACAAUCCUCGAUCUCAGAAAGCAGUUUAUACCUUCCCCGAACGUAACGAAGCAAAUUGAAGGAAUUCAAAGAGUUCUGCAAGAGUUCGUUAACAAUAGCACUGAAUAA